AUGGGCGCCGAGGUCAGCAGGCUGGGCGCGGACAGGUACAGCCCUGGCGCCAUCCUCCGCUUCAUCGCGCAUAUCGGCAAAAUGUCGGUUGGCAACAUCUCAGAUGGCUUCCGCUCUGCCCUCGACACCGAGCUGGAGCGAGGCAAGGCCCUCGCAGCCAGCGCGUACCAAAUGCACAUCGGCUGGCGCGAGACCUCUCCGGAGUGGACCGACUUCCCGUGGGCUCGCGCGCCGGCGGAGGGCGGAUCGGCAGAGCAGGCACGCGCACGCACAUGCCGCUGUCAGCUCCGCAGCCCGCCCGCCCGCAAGCGCGACACGCUCCCCGCCGCCAGGUCGUGUGCGACUGGCUGGAGGCGGUCGGUCUCGAGCCCCUCCCGCACGGCGUAG